UUGGCAUUUUCAGUCCUCAAAACGACGAAUGGCUCGCGAGGACGAGUGUAACUGCCGGUGACCCCGGUCACUAGACCUCAAGAUGCAAUUAGUAUCGUGACGUGAUCCUAGCUGCAAUUACCACCGCGGUGCUCGGAGCCUUAAGUGACGAAGGGGCUGAUGGACAGGCGGAAGGCCUUCGUCCAAAGUGCCUGUAGAGUACCGUCCCCAUUCAGUGUUACUCGGAACCAGCAAUAGCCCGAGGUGUACAUGAGGUGGUUCCUGUUUUUCGACCAUAACCCGGAAGUGAAAGUGUACAGAUUGCAGAGUGCGCGAAAUUGUGCGAAGAAAUACUGCGAAGGGAAGGCCGAGGACGAAGGAACGAUAGUGUAACCCCGAUAACGUCGAGGCCGGAAGUUGGAGGGGGCGGUGGAGGGAGGGAAGCGGUGCGGAGCGGUCAUAUAGGUUAGAUGUUCGAGGUCCUCGAGUGGCGGCCUUGGGAGCCAACGGGGUCGUGCAGGGCACGACGCGCCACCCCCAGCAGCCCCUCAGCCUCCCCCGCCUCCCUCGGGACCCCCGUGAAGGGGUUCCUCAUCGGUUCCCCGGGUAGGCUGAGUCGGGCGCUCCUCCGGAGCCCCCAAGAAAGCAGCGAGGCUGGCGAGUGCCAUGUGGCAGAGCGGCGGCAUGGGUGGCCACGCCGCCAACAACCCGUGGAUGAAGCUGAUGGGCAUCGUCCACAAGGAGAGGAGACACCACGACUCGGGGGGCGGCGGGGCGUCCGGGGGGCAGGCGUCGGCGACCACCGGAAGCAACGAUCGGAACCUCAACCAAUCGCUGCCAAAGCUCAGCAGCCAGGACGAGGACGGGCCAAACCCCCACACCCAAUACACAGGCGUCACACACUUCGAGCCUAUUCCUCACGAUCAUGACUUCUGUGAAAGGGUCGUCAUCAACGUGAGCGGGUUACGGUUUGAGACACAGCUUCGCACGCUGAACCAGUUUCCGGACACACUGCUUGGCGAUCCAGCGCGGCGGAUAAGGUACUUCGAUCCUCUGCGAAAUGAAUACUUCUUCGACCGCAAUCGACCUUCUUUCGAUGCGAUCCUCUACUACUACCAGAGCGGCGGCCGUCUUCGACGCCCGGUCAACGUACCACUCGAUGUCUUCUCCGAAGAAAUCAAAUUCUACGAGCUGGGGGAGAUGGCCACUAACAAGUUCAGGGAGGACGAGGGUUUCAUUAAAGAGGAGGAGAAGCCACUGCCGUCGCACGAGUUGCAGAGGAAGGUGUGGCUGCUAUUCGAGUAUCCGGAGAGCUCGCAGGCGGCGCGAGUCGUUGCCAUCAUAUCCGUGUUUGUAAUCCUUCUGUCCAUCGUGAUCUUCUGCCUUGAGACCCUCCCGGAGUUUAAGCACUACAAAGUGUUUAACACGACGGCGAAUGUCACAAAGAUCGAAGAGGACGAAGUGCCGGACAUCACGGACCCGUUCUUCCUAAUAGAGACUAUUUGUAUCGUCUGGUUCACGUUUGAGUUAUCAGUACGCUUCCUCGCCUGCCCAAACAAGUUAAACUUCUUCCGUGACGUAAUGAACAUCAUCGAUAUCAUCGCCAUCAUUCCAUAUUUCAUUACACUGGCUACGGUGGUAGCUGAGGAGGAGGACACGCUCAACCUGCCUAAGGCUCCGGUCAGCCCGCAGGACAAGAGUACCAACCAGGCGAUGUCCCUCGCGAUUCUAAGGGUCAUUCGGCUGGUCAGGGUGUUCCGAAUAUUCAAACUCUCCAGGCACAGUAAAGGGCUACAAAUUCUAGGUCGCACUCUUAAGGCCUCGAUGCGUGAGCUUGGCCUGCUCAUCUUUUUCCUGUUCAUUGGUGUGGUGCUAUUCUCGUCGGCUGUAUACUUCGCGGAGGCCGGCUCCGAGAAUUCAUUCUUCAAGUCCAUUCCGGACGCUUUCUGGUGGGCCGUUGUCACGAUGACGACCGUGGGCUAUGGUGACAUGACGCCCGUCGGAGUCUGGGGCAAGAUCGUUGGAUCACUGUGCGCGAUUGCUGGUGUCCUGACGAUCGCUCUACCCGUUCCCGUCAUCGUCUCGAACUUCAACUACUUUUAUCAUCGGGAGACUGACCAGGAGGAAAUGCAGUCACAGAACUUCAAUCAUGUCACCAGUUGCCCGUAUCUUCCCGGCACACUGGGUCAACACAUGAAGAAGAACUCGAUGUCGGAGUCAUCUUCAGACAUAAUUGAACUCGAGGAGGGGAUUUUGUUGACCCAUCACGAGGUUGCCAGAAGGCCCAACUGCAACUCCCGCCACAACAAUAACAUCAACCCAGCCUGCGUAAGCAUUGAGACUGACGUUUGACUACUAGUGAAGGAGACGGUGGCAGUAUGGUGGCCAUUGCUGGGCAAGUUGUUCAAGAGCAUCCCGUUACAGUACCUGGCGUAGGCCUGUAUCACCGCACACUACGAUUAGUGUGUGUGCCUGAGUGUGUUGCAUGUGUGUGUGUCUGUCCGUCUGAACGCGGGUUGCGUUCGCUGCAGCCCUG